CUUGGACUUCUCCAGACAGUUCAGGACGCGUCCAUCAUUAGCAAAAUCUACGACGCAAAGCAGGAGAAAACCCGUGCGCAUUAUCUGCUCAAAGACACUCGUUCGUGGUUAUAAGAAGAGCCAGUGGAUGCUUUCUUCGUCAUUCGAAGCCUGACUCAUGCACCGAAUUGAGCGGCUAUAAUUUCUACCUGCACACUGAAAUUCAGAACUCAAAAGUUGAACCCUGGAUCACAGCCUUUGCUGAGAGCUUUUUAACUUCAGAAUCCGCAAAAUCUGUCCGUGCCCUGUUACAAUCUUUAUCUCAUGGCGAUCUCUCGUAGUGCGGGCCGAAACAUGCCAUCAUUCUUGUUCUCUGGCCAUGCAAGAGUUUGGAACGUGAGCCCGAAUGCUCUGUCUGAUACUGGCCGGCAGGCAGAGAAGAAGACGCAGGAAAGCGCAACAAGAGACGAAAAGAACGGUGUCAUCGAACUGAGGGUGCCAUUAUGUUGCGAGGACUGCGUCGAAAAGAUUCACAGAAAGAUGAAGGGUAUGGAUGGCGUCGACUGCGUGGAAUGCGAUCAAGAGAAACAGAAGGUCGUUGUAAGAGGUGACGCCAAACCUCAGGAAGUUUUGAGAAGGGUGAAGCAGGUUCUGAACCGGUCACAAUUUUGGACAGAAAGAAUCGUAUGAUUACGACUUUAUAUCACGAUGGACGACCACCGUUUCAGACUCAAGGGAACUCGGACUCAGACCAAUUUGAGAUGUCACAGUCAUGAUAUUCCUUGAGAAAUUUCGGCGCAGUAGUUUGACUGCGUCAUCUCAAAAUAGUCUGAGCCGGCUUGUCUUUCAAAUGGUGUUGUAAAGCUCUUUCGAAGUUGUGGACCUCCAGGUCCGCACCUUCGAUUAAUUAUGUACAGAAACUUCAAGCCUGCUACAGCCUCUAUCGAUAUGCACUUCAUCCGAAAAUCACACCAAGGCAGAAGUAGAUCGGAAAUCACUAGGUAGUAGAGAAUCUCGUAGGAGCGGAUUCCAGAAAAUAAAGCUCGAAUACUCAGAGGGCAUUUCGAAGAUCUUUCAGACGAAAUCCUCACUUGUAAUCCAAGAUCUGGAGAUUGAAAUUUGAGAAUUGGAAACCUUGAUAAAUGAAUUCCGUAAAAAUUAAACAGUGAAUCAUAAGAGAUUACCCAAUAGGAGUAGCAUAUUAUUGCAAAGGUUUUUCCAAAAAUGUUGGAAAAUAAAGAGCGCCUUCA